CCCUCCUCAGAGCAAAGCUAAGCUAAACUAUUUCUCUCAGCGAACACGCCUUUGCCUUCUCUUUGUAUACUUUUUUGCUCUCUUGUCCAAGAUGCCGGCUGCUAGUACCAAUAUGUCUGACCGAGAGGGAGAAUCAUUUGUUGAGGUUGAUCCCACUGGACGCUUUGGGCGCUACAAUGAUUUGCUUGGUGCUGGUGCAGUGAAGAAGGUUUACAGGGCAUUUGAUCAGGAGGAAGGUAUAGAGGUGGCUUGGAAUCAAGUGAAAUUGUCUAACUUUAGUGAAGACCCUGUGCUUAUCAAUAGGCUUCAAUCCGAGGUACAGUUGCUGAGAACAUUGAAAAACAAGUAUAUCAUUGUUUGCUACAGUGUUUGGAGGGAUCGAGAGCAUAACACGUUAAAUUUUAUCACUGAGGUCUGCACAUCGGGAAAUUUGAGAACUUACAGGAAGACGCAUCGCCAUGUGUCCAUUAAAGCCUUGAAAAAGUGGUCAAAACAAGUACUUGAGGGGUUGGAAUAUCUUCAUACAUAUGACCCUUGCAUCAUUCAUAGAGAUCUAAAUUGCAGCAACAUCUUCAUCAAUGGGAACAUUGGCCAAGUGAAAAUUGGCGAUCUGGGACUUGCUGCAAUAGUUGGGAGAAGCCAUGCAGCACAUUCCAUAUUAGGGACACCGGAAUAUAUGGCACCGGAGCUGUACGAGGAAGAUUACACUGAGAUGGUUGACAUAUACUCUUUCGGAAUGUGCCUGCUUGAGAUGGUUACAAUGGAAAUACCUUAUAGUGAAUGUGAUAGUGUUGUCAAAAUAUACAAGAAGGUCACCUCUGGCGUGAGACCCCUAGCCUUGAACACGGUUCCAGAUCCAGAAGUGAAGGCAUUUAUUGAGAAAUGCAUAGCACAGCCAAGGGCACGACCUUCCGCUUCCGAGCUUCUCAAGGACCCUUUCUUUUCUGACCUCAAAGAUGACGAGAAUGACUCAGUUUCCACUUGACGGCCUUUCGAGUGAAGUUUCUGCUGAAACACUGGGGAGUAAAUUUUCUUUCCUGAAUUGACAGAAAGAGUAAUCUAGUUUUAAGUGAAAUCAUAUGCCUUAUGCUAAUUUUUAACACUUUCCCAUUUGAGAUCCAUAAAUGCUAAUGUGCAUAUUGGUAGGGUGAACAAUGCUAAUAGUGCACUGCUUUCUUUAAUGCCAGUUGAUAUGUUGUUGUGGG